CAUAGACGCAUCUACCUUGAUCUUUUAUUCGUUUGCAUUGCUUUGACGACAUAACACAGCUUGUAAAAUGCCUUUCUUGGUUUUCGUGGAUUCUACGGCUUUCGUAGUUCUGUUCCUGUUGGUAAAUUGGUGUUCAGCAAGUUGCAAAGAUGAUCCAUACAAUUGUGAGCCGCCAGACUGUAUGGAUCGUUUAAGCGACAACUCACCUGUGCAAGCUCAAAACUGUCUUAAAAUCGCACAGCCAGUUAUUGAUCAAAUGUCUGAUAAAGACGAAGAGAUUAGCAAAAAUAGUGAUGGUCUUACACCGGACGAUUUAGCAGUAUUUAACCUAGAAAUGUAUGAUAUUCUAUGCAGCGAUCAAGGCAAAAGAGGGAUACAGUGCAUGUUAGAUAUUGUAUCUUCAACGUGUCCGGAAGCAUUUACUUAUGCGAGGAACCUUCCAUAUUCCCGAACUACACCUUUGUGGGAUACAUUUUACUUUCUUCAUUUUGGAAGUGUGGAUGCUAUUUGCUCUGGUAUUAAAUAUUCGAAGUGUUAUAAUAUCUAA